AUGCUCUUUCUGAUGCUCGGGCUGCAGCCUCUACGGCUUAGCCGAGGGAGAUUCCUGUACCACCCCCCAAGUUCGAGAAGCUUCCACCUGGGCACCAGACAUCACGGAAGCACCUGGGAGAAGCUGAAAUCCUGCAAGGCUGCCUUUGACCUGUACUUCAUAGUGGACGCCCCUAACCUGCGGAUGUCCUUCAUCACCUACUCCACACAGGGCAACAUCAUCAUGAAGCUCACCUCAGACAGAGCCUACAACUGUCCCAACAACUACCACAACAACCACAAAGCCUACCACUGUCACAACGAGGACAACUACAACUACAAUGCCUACCACAGUCAUGACAACACCAACAACAACCCAGAAGACCACCACCACCACCACAACAACACGGAAGACCACAACACCUACCACAACCACAACACCUACCACAGUCACGACAACAACAACAACAACAACACGGAAGACCACAACACCUACCACAGUCAGGACAACAACAACAACAACACGGAGGACCACAACACCUACCACAGUCAGGACAACAACAACAACAACAACACGGAGGACCACAACACCUACCACAGUCAGGACAACAACAACAACAACAACACGGAGGACCACAAGGCCUACCACAGUCAGGACAACAACAACAACAAGAAAAACAACAACAACACGGAAGACCACAACCCCUACCACAGUCAGGACAACAACAACAACAACAACACGGAGGACCACAAGACCUACCACAGUCAGGACAACAACAACAACAAGAAAAACAACAACAACAACACGGAGGACCACAACCCCUACCACAGUCAGGACAACAACAACACGGAGGACCACAAGGCCUACCACAGUCAGGACAACAACAACAACAAGAAAAACAACAACAACAACACGAAGGACCACAACCCCUACCACAGUCAGGACAACAACAACAACCACAACACGGAGGACCACAAGGCCUACCACAGUCAGGACAACAACAACAACAAGAAAAACAACAACAACAACACGGAGGACCACAACCCCUACCACAGUCAGGACAACAACAACAACCACAACACGAAGGACCACAAGGCCUACCACAGUCAGGACAACAACAACCACCACAACACGAAGGACCACAAGGCCUAUCACAUUCUGGACAACAACACCAAAACCAUGGAGGCCCAUAAGGCCUAUCACAUUCUGGACAACAACACCAAAACCAUGGAGGCCCGUAAGGCCUAUCACAUUCUGGACAACAACACCAAAACCAUGGAGGCCUGUAAGGCCUAUCACAUUCUGGACAACAACACCAAAACCAUGGAGGCCCGUAAGGCCUAUCACAUUCUGGACAACAACAACAACAACAUGGAGGCCCGUAAGGCCUAUCACAUUCUGGACAACAACACCAAAAACAUGGAGGCCCAUAAGGCCUAUCACAUUCUGGACAACAACAACAACAACAUGGAGGCCCGUAAGGCCUAUCACAUUCUGGACAACAACAACAACAUGGAGGCCCAUAAGGCCUAUCACAUUCUGGACAACAACAACAACAACAUGGAGGCCCAUAAGGCCUAUCACAGUCAGGACAACAACAUGGAGGCCCAUAAGGCCUAUCACGUUCUGGACAACAACAAGAACAACAACAACAGCACGGAGGACCACAAGGCCUACCACAGUCAGGACAACAACAACAACAAGAACAACAACAACACGGAGGACCACAAGGCCUACCACAGUCAGGACAACAACAACAACAAGAACAACAACAACACGGAGGACCACAAGGCCUACCACAGUCAGGACAACAACAACAACAAGAACAACAACAACACGGAGGACCACAAGGCCUACCACAGUCAGGACAACAACAACGACAAGAACAACAACACAGAGGACCACAAAGCCUACCACAGUCAGGACAACAACAACAACAAGGACAACAACAACAACAACACGGAAGACCACAACGCCUACCACAGUCAGGACAACAACAACAACAAGAACAACAACAACAACACGGAGGACCACAAGGCCUACCACAGUAAGGACAACAACAACAACAAGGACAACAACAACAACACGGAAGACCACGCCUACCACAGUAAGAUCAACAACAAGGACAACAACAACCACAACACGGAAGACCACAACGCCUACCACAGUCAAGACAACAACAACAACAAGGACAACAACAACCACAACACGGAAGACCACAACGCCUACCACAGUCAGGACAACAACAACAACAAGGACAACAACAACCACAACACGGAAGACUACAAUGCCUACCACAAAGACCACAACACCUACCACAGUCAGGACAACAACAACGACAACAACAACAAGGAAAACAACGACAAGGACAACAAGGAUUACCACAAUGCCUACCACUGUCAGGACAAGCAGGACGACAACAACGAUGAUGACAACAACCACAAUGACGACAACAAUGAUGACAAUCCCUACUACUUUCACAAAGACAACAACCUCUGUGACUACAGUUGUCACCCAGAGACCGGUUCCCAGCAAUCCUUUCUUGUAUGCUACAUUCAUCACCUCACUGAUUGUGAUCCCAUUGGUGCUUAUCUGUAUCUGCUGCUACACGAGGGUGAGUGA